GGCAUUGCGCUCCUGCUGCACUCGCGUUAGCGGACUUGAGGUGUUCAGUGCCCCGGCGCCGAAGCGACGCGCUGCUUUUAGGGUGGGGUUGUCUUUCUCAUCCUUCAGAUGCAUUUAUUAUUAGCAUGAAUUGAUUGUUAACUGUAUCGGAAACUGGACUUCGAUGAUGUGAUUGAAAGAGCAAAAGCAGCAAAAGUGAAGGCACUUAUUUCAGUUACAGAGCAAGCAGGUGAAUUUGAGAAAAUGAUUCACUUGCACCAAAGGUAUCCAAGCUAUGUAGCUCCAUGUUUUGGAAUUCACCCAAUUCAGCGUGUUUCUGCUACGAAUCAGCGCAGUGUGACAAUGCAGGACCUGGAACCUGCCCUGCCUUUAUUUCAGAAAUACAGAUGUGAACUUGUGGCUGUUGGUGAGAUUGGUCUUGAUUUCACCCCUUGGCUUGUCCACCACGAAGAAGAUCAAGAUGAGCAGCUAAAGGUUUUCGUAAAGCAACUUGAGAUUUCCAGACAUCUUGAGCUGCCAGUAAAUGUGCACUCUCGCUCUGCUGCAAGCAAAACCAUCAGAGUUCUUAAAGAACAUGGAAUUCAACAUGCUCUGUUGCAUAACUUUGCAGGGAGGCCAUCAGUGGCCUUGGAAGGAGUGCAAGCAGGAUAUUAUUUCUCUUUCCCACCAGCAGUAGCAAGGAAUGACCAGCGUUUUAAGCUGCUUAAGCAAAUUCCUUUGGAGCACAUUUGCCUGGAAACGGAUGCACCUGCACUUGGCCUGGACAGAGAGGAGAGGAAUGAACCAAAGAACAUUAUGGUUUCUUGUGACUUCAUUGCAAGAAUAAAAGGAGUUCCAGCAGAUAGAGUACUUGAGGCCACCACCUAUAAUGCUAUGAAACUGUUUCCUAAAAUUAAAAACUACCCAUUGGAUAUUUGACUUAGAAAAUCCCCUGUGGUCUGAAGUUUGUUGACCUUUUAUUUACUCUCAGCCUUGGCCUGGGCACUGCAUAACCAAAGGAUGGAACGGAUGGACUGUUUCAAUGGGCACAGUCAUGGAGGGGCUUCCAGGGAGGGUCAGUAUUUAUAUUUCCAGUAUAUCCUUCAUGAUAGGAAAACUUCAUUCUGCCGCUUGCCCUUAUAAAAUGAUUAAAAAAAAAUCCCAGAGGAUUUUAUAGUUGUUACAACAAGUGCUGGGCACCUAAACUCGAUGAAAUGAAUAAGAAAAUGUAUAUAUUUGGAAACAUUGUGACACUAGAAUAAUUAUAAUGUUAGAUUGUUUUUAUUUUUU